AGGAUUAGGUUGAUGGAGUGACAUCAAACUUCAAAGUAUUCACAUCCACGGAGCGUGAAGUCCAACGUGCUUGACACUACGUGGAGAGAGAGAGUGUCCUCAGAAACCAAAACAAAACCCCAAAAUUUUUGAAAUAACCCUCUCUCACGUUUCUUCUUCUUCUCCCCACUCUCACUCCACUUCGUAACUCACCACCAACCUACGCGCCGAGAUCUAUACCGCCGAACAUUCUCGAACCCUCCCAGAUCGAACAAGUUCGUGUUCAUUCCUCUCUCUCUCUUUUCCUUUCAUACCAUUUCUCAAUUCUCACUUUCUUUCUUAGAAAGAAAGGGGUGAGAGUGAUGGGGGAUGAAAAAGGUGAGAAGAAAGAAAAAACUAGUCCCAGUGCCAGUGGAGGGAACGAUAGCAAGAAGAACGAGAAGAAGAAGAAAGGGUUUAUUUCGCGAAUUUGGAACGCGAUUUUCAGGUCGAACCGCGACGACUUUGAGAAGAGGCUUGAGUAUAUUACAAAAGAGGAAAACAUGGCUGUGACUAGAUUGAGCAACAGAUCUCGCUCUUGGAGGCGAACCUCUCGCCAACUAAUUCUAUUCUCUGUUUUAUUUGAGGUCAUUGCUGUAGGUUAUGCUAUUAUGACAACAAGAUCAAUGGAUAUGAAUUGGAAAAUGAGGGCAAUCCGAGUUUUGCCAAUGUUUCUUUUGCCUGCCUUGUCUUCGGCUACAUAUACUGCAUUUGUCAGCUUCACCAGGAUGUGUGAUCGCAAGGACCAGAAAAUUCUUGAAAGUCUUAGAGCUGAAAGGAAGGCAAAAAUUGAUGAGCUCAAAGAGAAGACAAAUUAUUACAUUACUCAACAACUCAUUCAGAGAUAUGAUACAGAUCCUGCAGCAAAGGCAGCAGCUGCAACUGUUUUAGCAUCCAAGUUGGGUGCAGAUUCGGGUUUGAAAGUGUAUGUGGGGGAUGAAUCUUCUGGUGUUUCAACAGGGAAGACCAAGGAUGUUGAAGUUGUUCAGUCUAGUGGGCUUCGAAAUCGCAAACAAGUGACCUCUAGAUCCACUAGUCCAGGGACAACUACACCAAAUUAUUCUGAUCAACAAUUAGUUGGUUCUGGGAAAAUUGAUCAAACCCAAACUCAUGAGCAUAAUCAGCUUGUAGUUGUUGAACAUCACAAUCCUCAAAGUUCAACAAUGAACGAUGGAGGAUGGAUUGCUCGAAUUGCAGCAUUGCUUGUGGGUGAGGAUCCAACACAGUCUUAUGAGCUUAUAUGCGGUAACUGCCGCAUGCAUAAUGGUCUUGCUCGGAAGGAGGAUUUCCCAUUUAUUACUUAUUACUGCCCACACUGUCACGCCCUGAACAAACCAAAGCAAUCGGAUGAGCGUAUAUCUGGUUUAAAUUCCCAUAACACUCAGUCUCCUAAAACAGAUGACGGUGAAGAAGUUAAAAAUGCUAGUGAUUCUGCAGCCCAGAGUGUAAUCAGAAGCGAUAAUCCCGUAAAUACUAGCCCUGAGAUUGAGGAAGUAUCUGAACCGGCUAUUUCAGAGGAGAAAAGCUAGUUAAAAGACAAGCCUGAUUUGGGGAUGGACUGUUUAGAUGACAUGUCUAGGCCCCUGUUUCAGGUCACAGACCAACUAUAAGGAAACCAACUACAGACCAACUAUAAGGAAACCAACUACAGACCAACUAUAAGGAAACCAACUUUGCAACAGGAAGAGUUUUGAUAACUUUGAGACUUGUGAUUUAUAAAUUAUAACACAUAAAUUACAUGGCUUGCUUAUGAAUUAAAGCAAUUUUGGGAUUUCCAUAUAAUUUUUCUUUCUAUUUUUUGUCCGGAUAGUCUUAUUUCAAAAAUGAGAUUGUGUAAAGGGUUUAAACUUUGAAUGUUGUUGCAACUUGCAAAGGUUGUGUUUAGAUCUGGUCAAUGUAAAAUUUGUUGAAACUAUAUCCAUGGAUCAUUCUUGAUGGACAAUGGCAUCUUGUGAUGCAUGUAACAUGAUUCCCCCCGAUGGAUAUUGGAUUGUUGUUAUUUAAUUGUUGUGUAGCAAGUGCUCCCGUGACUUAA